AUGCGAUUUCGUGCAAACGUUGAAAAUGUGGCGACAUUUUACCGUAUUGUACAAGCCAUCGAAAAGCUGCAAAAACGAUGCAUCAUCAGAUUUACAGAAACAGACAUGCAUAUCAUAUGCAACAACGACGUUAACGAAGGCGGUAUUCAGGUUUGGUCGCAGAUCAAAGUCCCUUCACUGUUUACAGAUUACCGGAUACAAUCCAACGCACAGAAUGAAAUCACGCUCACUCUCUCAUCAGAAGCUCUUCUCUCCGCUCUUCGCUCUGCAUCGCCGUCCGGCUCCCAAGGCGCGUCUUCGUCCUCAUUUGCAUCUGACGCGGAAGUUGUCAUGAAGCUGGCGAAGAAGAAUGAUCAAGCAGUGCUCAACUUCGAGAUGGCAGGGACCACACGUAUGGGCCGCCGUGUACGCGUCGCUCACGAUGUCCGUAUUGAGGUGUUGAGACCACAGGAUGUCGGGAAAUUACGGGAGCCUAUGUGUCCUGAGCCCGAGGUCCACAUACUCCUUCCACCACUUGCGAAACUCCGCACGGUUGUAGAGCGGCUCCGUCCGCUUGCCGCAGAUGUUGUAGCAGUACGAGCGAACGCGUCCGGCUGUCUUCAGGUUUCAGCCAGCACAGAAAGUGCCCGUGUCGAUGUCUCGUGGUCUGGGCUCACUAACCCCAUAAUGAUACGAGAUGGGAACAGUCAGGAUCCCCAGGCGAGCCAGAACGGCAACGACCCCGACGCACGCGACCCGACGCAGAAGUACGGUGUGCUUGUCUCACUCCGAAGCUUCACAAAGUUCCUCAACAGCCAUGUUGUCUCAACGACAACCAUUGCUUGUAUCUGCCAGAACCACGCCAUGAUUCUCUAUGUCUACAUCGGUGAGGUUGCCGAUGCAGGUGGCGUUCUGACGUUCUACAUCCCGGCGAUCAUCGACGAUGCACUCUAG